CCAUGGCGCACUUCCGCUCAAAGAGGCGGCGCUUCCGGUAGGCGGUCUAGAGGCGUGGAGGACCGCGCUCUUCUCUUCCUCGUGUCCUUCUUGCGGCGGCGGCGGCGGUUGCUGCGGCAAAGAGGCCUUUCCCGCCUCCCGCCAUGGAGGACCCGGAGAGGGAGGCCGAAGCCUCGGAGCUGCAGCGCCUGGUGGCCGUCGAGGAGCAGCGGGCCCGCCUCACCGCCCAGGUUCACAACUUCAUGGAGGUCUGCUGGGAUAAAUGUGUCGACAAGCCAGGUUCCAAGCUGGAUUCCAGAACAGAAACUUGCCUUGCCAACUGUGUCAACAGCUUCAUAGACACUACGCUGUCCAUCACCAAUCGCUUUGCACAAAUACUACAGAAAGGAGGCCACUGACUGCCCCACAAAGGUCCACUUUGGUCAAUGGGCUUAACAGUACCCAGCCUUUUGUCCCUCCUCAGGGCAGAAAUGCUUGAAGAGCCAUUCAUGCAAGACUGUCUGUUCCCAAGUGGCAUUAGACCAGGUCAUGUAGAACCAGAUCUUGGCUACAUGCAGGCUAAUAGAUCAAGACUUGUCUAAACCAGUUGAGCCUAUAGAGCAGAAGCUGACUGCUUUUGAUUUCUUCCCAAUGCAGGAAGAGAGGGAUAAGUCGUGCCCUUGUGAUAAAUAGCUUGCUUUUAAAAGUCUCUCAAGUCUUCAGGAAAUGCUAGAAAACUGUGUUUUAUUGGAGUAUUUGCAAACUUAUUCCUACGGUAGCUGUCUUUGGGGGCCCUAUUUAUUAGCCUCAUGAGGGAUCUUGCAGCUUAUAGAGCCUGCCUGUGCAGGAAGGCUCCUUCCUCCUCUUGGUUUGACAGACAAUAGAAAAACGCCGUCACUUUACAACUAAACUAUAAUUUGUAACUACUGAUAACGAUUAGUUAAGAUGUAAACCCAUUCAGACAUCCGAUUCCCCACUUUGGGGUUUGUACUAGUUUAAUUCUGUUCUGUGGGCAUGCUAAUUGGUAUUGAAACAGUUUUCUUCAUGAAUGACUAUUUUUUAAUACCUGUGAGCCUGUUAAGCACAUCUCAUCCGUGCAAACAAAUUCUGGCAUUGUGUGUGUGUGUGGGGGGGGGGGGUUAUUUUCAAACAGUGCUUUCUAGAUCUGUGCAAUAGGGGAAGCCAAAGACUCUGUUCUGUAGGUGUAAGUUAAGAUUGCCUGGUUUGUACUUGAAAAGGCCAGCAACUCUGCCUCAUCCCCUCCCCCCAAAACAGCAGCUGGGACUCCAUUUAUAGGGAGGGUGCCAUUUUUAAUCUGAAGUUUCAUUCUGUAGGCCUAGUCCUUUCACUGUGCUUUAAUACCACUAAAUUAAAUAUGCCCCCGUCCCAUGCAA